AUGCUCGGCCAGACCAACAAGUUUCUCCGCGAAGCAGCCGAACCCUCCCUCUGGCGCCACGUCGAUCUUGAAGCCGACCACCGUGUCGAAAUGCUCUACACCCACUACGACCCCAUCUAUCACGUCAAACACAACGAUGAAUACGACGGAAGGAUCUUACUCUCGAAGGUCGCUUCUUACUCCAAUAUCAACAAGACCCGUUCACUCAAGGCGGGAUUCGCUUUCAUGUCUUAUUACCUCGAGGGUGUACGACAAUACCUCGAUAACGACAGCACACAGCCGCAACAACAGCACCAGCAGGACAUACCUCCUUCAUGGAUCCCAGCCCAUCAAACCGCCAUCUUCUCAACCCCACUCCCACUCAUCAAACAAUUACAUCGCCUCGACGUCUCUUUACUUCGAGUGCCCCGAUACCCAGACACCUUCUUUGCAGGUCUCAAUAAUGCCCUUCCGCUUGCACCCAAGCUCUUCCAGUUCAUAACCCUCAAUGCUGCCCACCUCACCUCUCUUAGCCUCCGGCAUUUUCAAGUCUUGAUCGCAGACCCGGCUGACCUGAAUAAUACUGACCCGACUAAUACACUCCCUCUGUGUCGGGCCAUCUCCUGCCUCUCGAAACUCGCUCACUUGGAAGUGGACAUUAUUCCUGAGGGGUCUUUUGAACCUCCUUUUUCUAUCAUCCCCAGAGUCUUCUUCAGUUGCCCAACCUCCCUUGUCUCUUUCAGCAUGACGACGACCGUGUGCGGCGAUAAUGCAGGAGGACCUUGGGAGGAUAAACUUUUUACAGGCUUGAAAUACCUCAAGCUGCCACAACACAAAACCGGAUACAAACUCGCGCAACUGAACCUUAUUCUGGAUCAAUGCCCCGCACUGGAAGAAUGGGCCAACGUCCCUUCGACCCUUGCACCAGACCAGCUCGGCGGUCGCUUACAAUAUCCUCUGACGCUCUUGGAUCUCUCGACACACCCCAGCAGGAACUGUAAAGGCGAGACUGUCAUGGAUAUCAUGAACAUGAUUCCAAAAGACAAGCUCAAAUCUCUCGAUUUUCGUUUGUUUGAGGAUACAUCACCCGACCAGCCGGACAUGCCGGCACCCUUUUUCCUGUCUUUGUCGAGACACUCUGCCUCCCUUGUCACCAUCUCCUUGGCGGACAUUAACUGGAUCCAGAGCAAGUCCGUCAAGCAUAUCCUCACAACCUGCACGGCCCUUACGUCCCUCGUCUUAGCGAGCUCCAAUACUAUGCGUUCAUACCUAACAGUGGAGGAUGCAAUCGCAAAGCCCUGGACGUGUACUCUCCUCCGGGAACUACGACUCAUCAUCAACCUAAACUGCGGAUGCUCCAACAAAGACAUCAUGCUCGAAGCACUCUACACCCAACUCGGCGACUUAAAAGAUCUCGAGAUCUUAGACCUGACGUCAGCAUGCAGCAACGAAAUGGCCAGCAACAAAAUGGCCAGCAAGCCCUAUACAGAAACAACUAUGACUUGCAUGCUCGCCCUCCGUAACUCCAACCGUGAAGGGUUCCUCGAAUGCCUUGUCAAACUCAAGAACCUCCGCGUCCUAUUGGGCUCCUUCCUAUUGAGUAAUCAAGAGAUGGAGAAAAUGGUGGGUGAGGCCGAGGUGAAAUGGAUCUUGGAGAACUGGCCGCGUCUGGAGACGAUCGAGUUUAUUUCUGAACAGGAGAGGCGACGUGGUUCUGUUCAUUGGCCGCCCCAGAUUAAGUUGUUGAAGCAAGAGCGGCCCAACCUUCAGUUUUGUCGAUCGCAAACUAGAUAA